AUGUCACAUUCUCAAUAAUUCUCAUUAUUUUGUUGUUGCAAUCGAUAUUUACGAACUUAGUGAAAUAUAAACUAAUAAUGGCAAACGACACACCUGAGAGUGAUUUUUCUAUAGAAUGCUUCCAAAAUUACUCCGCUCCUGAGGUAUUUGUGCAAGGAUUAGCUGGGAUGGUAAAUCAAAAUGAUGUGGAGACGGUUAUUCGUGCGCAGAAGAAUAUGUUACAGAGGUUUGAGAAGACUACUGAGAUGCUGACAAACUGCAACCAGCUGUCGGCGAGCCGUCUCCGAGCUGCCUCCACCGAGUUCAAGAAGCACACGCAGCUGCUGCUGGAGAUGAGGAAGGACCUGGAGUUCAUAUUCAAAAAGAUUAGAGCUAUUAAAACUAAACUUAGCACCCAGUACCCAGAAGCCUACAAAACAGCAGUGGCAGCUUCAAUAGCCAACAGACGACCCGUUGAUGAUGAUGAUGAUGAAGAAUUCAAGCCAUCAUCAGUCAUGGACCGACCGGAAUCCAAAAUGGUGGCCACUGUAUCAACAGAAACUUUAAAACCUACCACAAGCGAAUCUGGCAAGAAGUCCAAGAAGAAAGACCAAAGUGAUGAGAGCAAUAACAAUCAGGACGCCAGUGUUGCCAGUGAGGAAAAGUUAAAGGAUGUUGGUAGAAAAAAGAGGAAUAGUAGUUCUUCAGACACGGAAAGCGCCAGCUCCGGUGAUGACUGCAGCACAGACACUGGCUGAAAAUAUGUACAGAUUAGAAAAUGUCACGCAAUAUAUUUAAGGUAGUAUAAGACUGCACUGAAACAAGGCUUGCUAGGUUCUUAAUUCAAUGUACUAGAUAAUUAAUUCUAAGGCUAACAGUCUCGCAUUAGGCGAAAAUCUGACCUAAGAAUUAGAAUUUAAAAAACCGCAUUCAUGUCAGUCAAUUUACGUCAUCAAAAGCGCUUUACUCUGUUAGCCAUAUAACAAUUAUUUAUAAAGAUUACUGCAAAUUGUCGAGAAAUGAAUCCUUUAGUCACUAUAUCAAUGUUUCGUUUAAUGAUUUAGUCUAAUUAACCUUUAAUUAAGCGAUUAAGGAUCGAGGUUCAGUGUAGCAUUAUACGACUUUGAAAGCUUAAUGCAUAAUUUUGGAGAUUAUUAUCUAUUUAAGUCUAGACAAGUAUUUGUCUAACAGUAUUUAAUCUUGUUCUGCUUAUAAUAGCUAACUAUAUUAUCUUCAUACCUACUACCUCAGACAGCCGGUUAUUUGCUUCCAUGUAUAUAAAAAUACCAGCUGUUGCCCGCGACCUCGUCCGCGUGGUUAGAAGAUAUAAGUUAUGAUUUAUAC